AUGCCUCUUACGGAUUACUUUGCCCUCCUCAGACCUAAUGGAACUUUCAUCCAGCUUGGUGUACCUGACGGAGGCGCACUAUCAGUUCCUAUCCCUACGCUCGUCCACCGUGGCAUCAAACUGGCGGGCUCCAUUGUUGGAAGCCCCGGUGAGAUUCGUGAGAUGCUCAAGCUUGCAGCCGAAAAGAAGAUUCAGCCGUGGAUCGAGGAACGCUCAAUGUCGGAUGCAAAUCAAGCUAUCGUUGAUAUGGAGGCCGGUAGGCCACGUUAUCGCUACGUGCUGGUAAAUGAGAAGCACCUGUGA